AAACUCAUGACAGCUGGAGGGACAAGCCGACCUGCUUCUGAAAGUCAGGUGAGCUGAGAUGGGUGGGGUUUGUUACUGUAGCUGUCGGUGGAGCAAACAGAGCAGGUACAACAGGCUAGUCGUUUGUAUGGAGUUCGUGAAUCCACACCUUUUAGUGUUGCCGGUUCAGGUUGGACAGAGAGCAGAAAGUUUUUAAACUGUUUUUAAGCGUCUGGCCUCUGAUUAAUCAGGAAACCCAGGAUUCCUUUUUCCAGUUAUGAAGUAAAGGAGAAACCUGCUGCUCAUAGAGAAUCAGAGGACAUCCAUGGAGUCCAAUCUGUCAUGCCUGUCUUCACUUGAAGAGGACGCUCCUGUUUACAUUCAGCCACACUAUAAAGAAUCGUACCGCCUGGCCAUUUACGCCCUGCUCUGUGGAGGUAAAGAAGCCUACGAGGAGUUUAUUCGAGCUGAGCAGAUCAACCACUUCCUGUCAGAGGAGGAGAUUGUCUUCAUCGUGAAAAAUGCAGAGUUACCGGUUGUGGAGGAUGACUCAGAAGGGAGACGGGGCGCAGAUGAGGUCAGGCCCUCCACCUACUUCCCAACUGAGUCAGAUGAGGAGGUGCCAGACUUGGACCUGGGCUGGCCAGAGGUCAAGCUGGAGGACAUGGAGACCACCAUCAGCCUGCUGUUUAACCCACCCAGACAGAACACGCCAACCGUUAAAGAGGUGGUUCGGAAGCAGAUUCAGGAGGCAAAGAAGGUUAUUGCAAUUGCGAUGGACGUCUUCACCGAUGUCGACAUUUUCAAAGAGCUCAUCAGUGCCACGCUGAGGGGAGUCGUGGUCUACAUCCUUCUGGACGAUUACCAUGUCAAGAGCUUCCUCGACAUGUCACACAAUGUGGGGGUUAAUAUCAACGACCUAAAGACCCUUCGUGUUCGGACAGUUCAGGGGCAGCAGUAUCAGUGUCAGUCUACGAUGAAGUUUCAUGGAGGUUUGGAACAGAAGUUUAUGCUUGUGGACUGCCAGACGGUUUUGUAUGGAACAUACAGCUACACAUGGACAUUUGAGAAGAUCAACAUGAGUAUGGUCCUGGUUGUCACAGGUCAACUGGUUUCCUCUUAUGACGAGGAGUUCAGAAGACUCUAUGCUCGCUCCACAGUUCCUCCACUUCUGCUGAAUGAGAGGCCAUUGGUCCCAUACCUCAAAGAUACUUUGGCCCUGCAGAGCCUGAACUCCAGCCAUCUGUCUCUCAAUAAAAUUCACACGAGACCAAGGGUGAUGCAUAGCAUGAGAAGUGUUCAGGACACCAGGUUUAACAAUUCUGCCACAAUGACCAGAGGCCUGAGUGUCCAGGACAGGCUGCAUCAGCCCGAGUAUACCGAUAUGGGGAAACUCGUGAGGGGACACAGUUAUGGGGGCGAGCUUCAGAAGUUAAACUCCAUGACUCGGCUAAAGAUGGGAACUAAGGACUUUGGAGUCCCUGCUGCUCCUAGGAGGAGUGGAUCUAAACAGAGGGGAGGCAGGGAUUCACUGCUACCAAACCAGAUGUCUCAGCAUCACCUCAGGCACCAGACACGCUAUGGUGCAGACCAGAACCUAAUACCAUUCAACUCGGAAACAUCACUCCACCGCUGGAAGAUUGAUACAUAUCUCAAUGAGAACGACAUGCUUCCAGAUGCAUCGUGUGAUGCAAGCUCCCCUAUGACGUCUCCAUACAGCAGUCACACAGGCUUAAAUGAGUAUCAGUCACAGCUGAUUCACAGCAGGUCAAGAGAUAUUAAGUCCAGAAUGGAAGAAACAAGGCAAAAGAGGUUCAGUUUGCAGGACUACACCAAUUUCAGGCAAAGCCAAGAGUCUUUGAGGUCCAUGUAUCCGAAUGCAGAAAGAUCCAAACUGAUGUCUUUAUUAAGACAGGGUGUCUCAGAAUCAACGCCAGCAGCACAAGAAAGCUGCAACAAGGAAAACAGGGAGCUCAUGAAGGGAGGUAACAAAAAGGAGCCAAGGCUCACUGAUGGACACCGCUCUGCCUCUCACCAUGAUGUGAAAAUGGUUUCAGACCGAAAGACGAUGCAGACGUACGACUGGCACGAGCCCCUGUCCAAAACAGCGUCAGCUGCUGAUUUAGACCUGAAAAUGAAUGACGCAAUGCUCAAGCUUUCUCAUUUACAGUCCAGCAGUGUUAGCAUUCAGCAUGCAAGAGUGAUGGAGUCUCUGACCGAGGUCCCUGAAGAAAAAGACAGUUCAAACACUCGUUUGGAGCCAGCAAUCAAAGACAGGAAUGAGAUUCGCAAAGAUGAGGGAGCUGUUCCUAAGAACUCUGAAAAAUCUCCAGAAAGAGAAAUGCAGGAUCAAGCCAGAAGAAGGGAUGGUAAGGUGACCCACAGCACAGGCUCAGAUGCUCCAAGGGAAGGAAAGAAAUCCAUUUCUGAGGUGGAAACUGUUCUGGAAGUCUCAAAUCCAUCUGCAGGACUUCAGCAGGCAGUGGGGAGUAAGAGCAAGCACACAGAAAAGGGGCAAACAAAGCCAGAGGAUGCAGCACUGCAGAGGCAGAACUCUGUGAGAAUGAAGGUACAGUCAGAUGAACAGAAAGCUUCCAAAAAAGAAGAGAAGUCACUGCAAAGAAAGACCUCAUUGAACUCACGUAGUAACUCAGGAUCAAUCCAGCCACUCAAGGCAGACCAUUCCCAGGCACCUGCUGCAGCGCACACAACGAAAAGCCCAUCACUGAGCAUGCACAGUUUGCAGAGCUCCCAUAGCGGUCCAUCAGAGACAGAGAAGCAUAAAUCUCCAUUCUCAAGAUUGUCUCCUCAGCGUCUGAGCAAAAAGAAGACGGCCCCUGCAGCCGAGCAGGACUGCGGCUCAAAGAGCACUCUGGAUAAAGAAGUAGAGACUCUCUAUCAAAGAAAAAGGGAGAAACUCUACAGCCGGUAUGAGCUUUUGCUUAGCAAUGAAAAUAUUCGCCUUGACAAGUCAGUGAAGAAGGCAAAUUCAUAUUCCUCAGACAAAGAGAGAACCUCUUCCCUGAACAGGGGUGACUCUGGCCAUCCAGAGUAUCAGACGCAAAGUGGUACAGAUAACAAACUGGGACGAUUCAUUCAGCGAGUCGGAAAUCUAAUAAACAAAAGCAAAUAGUGAAGGCAGAGAAGAAGGCGCUCUGAAAUGAAGGCAAAGUUACUGCACAGCACGUGUGUUGUUUAUUCAUUUAUUUUUCUUGUGUGUUUGCACCACAACAGUAUGCUCCAUUUUUAUUUAUCACUGAUGCCAAUAACAAGGUGUGAUGAAUCAGGAGUCUGCAGUGCCUGUGUUUAAGCUAGAUGUUUGGGGGCGGGGUUGAAGCAAGAGUAAAGCAGGGUGAAUAUGACAAUAGCACUUCAAGAAAUCAGCAAUGUUUGAGUAAGCUGAAUUAUAAAAAUGGCACUCUAUGUCUCAUACAGAGUGUAUUUGUUCUUUUUGCAAGUUUACUUAAAGGAAUCGGCCUGAUGAGAACAUUUUCCGUCUUAGUAAAACAUCAAAAUGAUCAGUCAGCAUCACAUUCCUCCAAAGUUCUCUUGUUGUGCAGUAUUGUUGUUAAAUAGCUACUUUAAAACAAACACUUUCAGUAAGCCCCAGCGUUGCACUGGCCAAUCUGUGCAUUAAUUUUCCUAAGCGCACACACUGUAGCUCAUUUUAACACAGCAGUGCAUACAUGACCUGCUGCCCAAAGAGCACCAAAUGUGCAUUCAUCUCCUGCUGAAAAUAUUCCUGUUCCUGAAAUAGUCCUGAAAAUAUGCUGCUGGAAAUUACUGAAACUUGUUUAAUUAAUGAACACAUUUGCUCUUUUUAAAGACUUUCAUGUUAACUACACUACAUGGAGAAAAGUAUUAGAUCAUACCUGUUAAAUUAUGGAGUAAAAUAGUGGUGGAUUUGGUGUUUCCACGGAACAUGUCAACAAAAGAAAACAAGAAAUAUGUCGUGAGCUUUAUCAUGCAGGAUGUUGUAGAUUUUCUCAGUGUCUUUUGAUGAUUUUAGUAUUUAUGGCCCAUCCUUCCUCAGGGAAGAUGUUGAUAUUUGAAUGUCAUGGCUGUAAUGCAGCAACAUCCAGAUGUUUAACACAGCAGGGCUAAAAGGAAACAUAACCAUGAAACCAGGAAUUUCAGCAGGACUGAUGGAAAGUCUGCGGAAGACCUGAAAGGCUGGUGAGAAAAUAAAGAAACAAAAACAUUCCUGUGAUGCAUUUUCU